GAAGAACCAACUAUCAUAGCACACCAUCAUGCCUGAAAAGAGGAGGAAACGUGAGAUCCUGUCUAGCAGCAGAUCGGAUGUCGACAAGAUAGAUAUAUUCCGACGACAUUUUGAGAGUCAGUUUGCACCACUCAAAGACACACAGGAAAAGCCGAGCUCAAAGAAACACAAGACACUCCGGGAGAAGACAGUAGAGGAAUUGAGCGAUCAGGGAUGGGCGGGAAUACCAGGUGUCGGAGAUGAUGGAUUGAUCGAAAAUGGUGGGCUUGCUAGAUUUACUGCUCUAAUGUUCUUCCGUUGGCACAAUAACUAAUGAGGCUGAGAGCGUCAGUCCCUGUUACCGAGUUUGAUGCUACCAAAGACCUUCCACGAUCCGUUCCCAAAGCUCCACGUAGUGAAUUGAAGUCCUUUAUGGUUUGAUUUCUGCUCGGUCUAUAACUCUACAGUUUUCUAACCUUCAUCCAGUCAUCCAAACCACCUUUACCGACCUCCUCUACUACUAUUCUUCCCACAAAAUCGAAGAAAAGCUCAGAUGACGAGGAAGAUCCCCGCUCCGAAGCAGAAAUGUUAAAGAAUGAUUUGGCGCUUCAAAGAUUGCUCCGCGAAUCUCACCUACUAGACUCUACCUCUGGUAAGCUUGAAGCCACUGGCAAGAACCGUCUCAGAGCUUUGGAGUCACGAAUACAAGCCUUAGGGGGCAAGGAUAUCACAACCCAGAAGAACGUGCCCAUGGCCAUACGUAAAGGGAUUACCGCUGCCAGGGAGGGGAGAGAAUUGAAGCGGAGGGAGAGCGCCAAAGAAGCAGGCAUCGUGUUGGAAAAGGUUACAACGAGCAAGAAGACCAGCAAGAAGCGGCGAGACCGGGGUGGUUUCGGGCCCAGUAUUGGGAGGUUCAAGGGGGGUGCGUUAGUGCUGAGCAAGAGGGAUGUUAUGGAUAUUGAGGGCCGUAGUGGGUUAGGGAGUGGUGGUGGCCGUAAGGGUAGGAAGAAGCACGACAUUAAAUAAAAGGAUGGCUGCUCUCAUUGGGCAUCUUGAUCGACUAAUCUAUCCAUUGCCCUUACUCCAGUGCUACCUCGCAUGUGGGGGAGGCUAAGUUAGAACUGAGGUGUCGAGGAGUUCCCGAUUUGCGAUCGUUUACUGCUCUAAAAGCAGGUGGUAUAAGGCACGAAUAAACCAAAUUCCAGAAGGGUUGAGACCGUGCCGGACAAGAAACUCUUGGAGAAC